UCGAAUCUAUUCUGAUGUAAUGUUUGAAAUAAUAUUUGAAAUAAAAUAGAUAUCAUAGUGAAUAUCAGAUCGGUUAUUAAUUACGAUUACAAUAAUAGCGAAAUUGAUACUAUUGAAAACUUAAUAUAACAAAAGUGAAUAAUUAAUUAUUACUAAAAUUGUCAAUUAUAUUUACUAUAAAAUUAUUUCUUUUUUUUAUAUCAUUUUUUCCAAUGUGUUUAAAAUUCUGGAAUUCUAACAUGUUAUUAUAUGAUAAAACUUUGUAACAUCACAAAAUGUAAUGUAUAAUUUUUUUAUUCAUAUUAAUAAAUUUUAAUUUCUAGUUCCAAUAAAUAGGAUCUAUAUCUAUCUUUCCAAUAAACACGCUUAAUGUUAUUUAGGUUAGGUCAAAAUAUGAUCAUAUAAAGUAAAUUUAAUAUGUUCUAUUAUUUUUUAAUUAAAUUUAAAUCAUUUAUCAAAAAUUAGCAAAUUCAUAUAUUCGUAGAAACGCACUUUCACUUAUAUAGCUCAACAAGAAGAGAGAUACGCAUUUGAUUUAUCAACGUGUUAUUUAAAUAUAACCACAAUUAUCGUUCUGUAAACAUUAAACAAUUUCUGUUAUAUAAAGUAUACAUACUAUUGUUCAAGAUUUGAAAAAGUCAUUCUGUGAAAAUACCUUAAAACUUGCAUUUAUAAAAAUGCAUGAAAAUCAAUUGAAUAUAAAUGGAAAGAAAAUUUUGGUAACUGGAUUUGGACCAUUUGAUAACCAUAUUAUUAAUGCAAGUUGGGAAGCUGUGAAAGAAUUGUCUAAAUUGUGGCCUCAAUCAGAAUUAUGUAACACUCAAUUAAUUACGAAACAAAUACCUGUAUCUUAUGAAUAUGUAUCCACACAAAUAUCCAAAUUAUGGCAGGAAUAUAAUCCUAUAAUUGUUAUACAUGUAGGUGUCUCUUACAAAGCAAGUUGCUUAACCAUAGAACAUAUUGCUCACAGUACAGGCUAUGUGAGACCGGAUAUAGAUGGUAAAUGUCCUAAUGAAAUAUGUACUGUUUGUCAAAUUUUAAAAACAGACAUAAAUGUUAAUAAACUUUGUGAUAGUAUUAAUGAGAACUCAAAAGAAAGUGGAUGCAAAGCUUGCAUUUCUCAUGAUGCUGGAAGAUAUUUAUGCGAAUAUAUAUUUUAUCAAUCAUUGAAUAUCGGAACGCAAAAAACAUUAUUUGUUCAUGUUCCUGAUCUUCAUGUAUAUUCUAGCAUGCAAACUAGCAAGGGUUUAUAUGAUAUUAUAUAUUUUCUGGUUAAAAACUUAAAUGAUGAUUAAAAACAUAACGAGCAUUAUAGUAAAAAAUGUAAAAUUUUACUAUUAUCUUAUAAAAAACAAUGAUACUUAAUAUCUAAUAUUUUUAUCCUUAACAUUUAAUAUAAAUACAAUAUUGCAAAUGCAUAUUUUUGUCACUUUAUGAACCUUCCUGUUGAAAUUUUGUUCGUGUCGGUGGAAUAUUAUAUCUGAGUUCGAGAAAUUCAGGUUUUCGUAACAUUGCAGCGACGUGUCCUAAUUGUAUUGUACAGUCUGGAUUUAAAUUUGGUGGUAACAAUGUACACUCUCGUUCCAGUAUACACGCUAAACCUUCUAACAAUUCCACAAAUCCCAUGGAGGCUGCUGCUCUGCGCAACCUGUUUACUUCCUAUUAAAAAGAAGCAUAGAAUUGUUCAAAUAUUUGUCAAAAAAUAAAGAGAUGAUAUCUGAAACGUA